AUUCGCCUCUGUCGUUCGAUAGUAACGGAUACAUUAUUUGGAUUACGUAAUUAGAUUACAAAAAUAAAGAAUCUGCAAAUAGUAUAUGGUACGUUUUAUUUAUUACACAUGAAUCAGCAAGUGUAAUUUACUGUUUUUGUUUGUACGUUUUAUAAGAGCGGUCCACGCCGGAGCCUCGUGUGAAGAUGGAGCGGUCUCGUUUAGCUUUUGACCACUGGAUGCACAAACACCACUUCACAUUCAGGGACACAAUAGGGAGAAACAUUACUGUUCAGUGCAACCUCUGCCUCCCAAAGAUCAACAUCUUAUCCACUGCAAGGGACUCGACGUCUAAUCUAAAGAAGCAUUUGGAGUGUCACUCACCUUGCCAGAUGCGCAAACGCCAGAACACUGAAAUGUCGGAGCCUGAGCCUCUUUUUCUCCCACCAAAGCGGCUGAAAUCCGCUGUAUGGGAGUAUUUUGGGUAUUUAAAAGACCCAGGAGGCACCAUCAAUGCUGAUGGUUAUCCAGUUUGUAGAUUGUGUCGGAAAAAAGUGUCGGCUCGGACAGGCAACACUUCAAACAUGGCACACCAUCUCCGUGACCACCACCCCAAGGAAUUUGCAAAGAUGAAGAGAAAGCAUUCUGUGGUGUGUAGGAGAAGAAUAAGGGAUGCACCAAGCGUUGAAGCACCAAGCAGUGAUGGACCAAGCAUUCUGGAAAAUCAAAUGGCAGAAUCAUCGUCUGAAGCGAAAGAAGACAUGAUUGAUCCCAUCACCAUUUAUCAUCAAACAUCACAAUCAAGGCUAAAUACCCUGGUUUUUAAUUUUAUUGUGGAGGAUGUGCAACCCAUUUCAAUUCUAGAGCAACCUGGCUUCAGGAAGUUGAUUGAAGCUUUAAGCAGGGGCAAUAAAGUCAUGUGUCGAAAUACUUUCAUCACCAGGCUUGAAGUAGCGUCCAAUAAAAUGAAAGGGGAGCUAAAAGCGAAACUUGACAAAGUGCAGACAUUGUGUACAACUGCUGAUGUAUGGUCAGUGCAGGACAGAAGUUAUUUUGGAAUGACUUGUCACUGGCUUGAGGACAAUCUCGAAAGGAAGUCUGCUGCUCUUGCCUGCACGAGAAUCCCCAUCAGCUAUACUUGUGAAACCAUCAUCGCUAAAAUUCAAGAAAUUCAUUCUUCCUAUAACAUCGAGAGCAAAGUUCAGGCCACCGUCACUGACAACGGUAACAAUUUCGUGAAAGCCUUCAAAGAAUUCUCUUCCGAGGAUGACCAAGAAGUGGAGCAAAGUCGUUUUGAGGAUUUGGGCAGUAUUCUGUGUGAUGGAGAAAUGGGUGGAGACUUCUUUCUGAGUUACUUCUUACCACCCCACCAACGGUGUGCUUCUCAAACACUGAACUCGAUUGCCUCGAAGGAUCUAGCGGAUGCCGUCUCAAAGGGACAGGCAGGUAAACUGCACAGCAGUGCAAUUGAAAAAUGUGCAGCAAUAUGGCACAAGGCCCAAUCAUCCACUGAAGCUGCUGAUGCAAUUGAAUCCAUUGCAAAAAUGAAUUUCACAGUUCCUUGUUUGAAUCAGUGGAGCUCAGAAUACUACGCCAUUAACAAGCUGAUGUCACUUACUGAUUCACAGCUCAACCAGCUCUCAGAAGUCUUGGGUGUUCCACAUUUUACACCUGAUGAAACCGCGUAUCUCACAGAAUAUACUGACGUCUUCAAACCAGUGGCUUUUGCGCUUGACCUUCUGCACGGAGAAGAAAAGUGCUUCCUUGGCAUUGUGAUACCAACGUUGUUGACCCUUAAAAGGAAGCUCGAGGAGAAGGCAGCAAACACCCGCCUUUUCUCCAAGGUCAUUGACAGCACAGUCAAGGCAAUUGACUCUCGCUUCAAGCAGGUGUUUGAAAGUUCUGAUGCCAGAUUGGCCACAGCCACCAUGCCACAGUUUAGACUCUGGUGGUUACCAGAAGAUGAGAGGGAGAGUCUUCGAGCACAGUUGAUCACUGAAGUUUUACAGGUCGACCAAGGGACCGAAGAAACCGAGACCAACGGAGGAGGCCCUGUUCAUGAGGAUGAAUUCUUCUCGUAUGGACCUGGAAGUUCUGGCAACAAAGGUGGAAAGAGGGAAGCCGCGGAAGAGGUGUGGCUGUAUCUCCAGGGCACAAACAAAGAUCUGAAAUGCCUAAAUGAAUUUCCAGGCAUGAAAAAAGUGUUCAUCAAGUUCAAUACAACUCUACCCUCAAGUGCCCCAGUGCAAGAGCUCUUCAGCAAUGGGAGCAAUAUUGUGACCCCAAAAGGACAUCACCUCUCAGAUGAACAUUUUGAGCGUGUACUCCUUUUACGUUACAACAGCAAAAUAACCACUGCUUUGGAAUAAUUAAUGGGGUAACACUGCUGAUGUUUAUUGUAAAUAGAUUCUUUUUAUUUGAUUUUAUUAGUUUGAAUAGUUAAUAGGAUAUACUGUAUGUUCUCUCCCUUUUUAUUUUUUUCCAAAAUAUUACAAAGUUAUUCCAUACAAAAGCCUGUGCCACCAAAAAGCUUUGGUAAACAUUUAUUUCUUAGUAAACAUGCAAACAAAAAGAAAUUUGUUACUUUUUAGACUAGUGUUUCUAGAAAUGUUCAUGCAACAUGUUAAUCGUGGAUACGUCUAAAUGGACAAAGAUUAGUUCUUACUCUAAAUUAUGAUUUGAUGUUAAGAGCUGUUGUUCCGUGCUUAAAAUGCAUAACUGUAAACACAUGUUAAA